CUGCUCCUGGGCUGUCCCUCAGCAGCCACCUUCUGCACUCAGCGCCACAGCUGGCCUCUGCAGUGACAUCCUCAUCUCCUCGUCUGCCGCCAGGCACCCCACAGCACUUUGGCACUGAGCAAGGGAGAAUGGUGAAGAUGGAAAAUCCCAUGAUGAAAUACACUAAUCUGGAAUAUAUUGGCAGCGGGACUUUUGGAGAUGUUUGUAAAGCACUCGACACUGCCACAGGAGGAGAGGUGGCCAUAAAGAAAAUAAAUCUUCAAGAACUGAUCAGAAGGGAAGUAACCUUUAAGGAACUCAUGGUCAUGAAAAUUAAUGAGUACCUAAACAUUGUGAAUUAUUUAAAGAGCUACCUUCUGGGUGAUGAACUCUGGCGGGUUAUGGAGUACAUGGAUGGAGGUGCCCUGAGCGGUCAUCAAUGAGACUCACAUGUCUGAAAGAGAGAUUGCAGCCGUCAGUCGGGAGUGCCUGUGAGGACUGGAUUUUCUUCACUCAAACCACAUGAUCCACCGCGGUCUGAAGAGCUGCAACAUCCUUCUCGGAACCAAUGGCUCUGUCAAGCUGGCUGACUUUGGCCUCUUUGCUCAGCUCACUCCUGAGCAGAGUAGACAGAGCUCCAUGGCCAGCACUUCUGGGUGGAUGGCGCCUGAAGUGGUGACAGGUCAACCAUAUGGCCCCAAAGUGGACAUAUGGUCUUUUGGAAUCGUGGGCAUUGAAAUGGUGGAACGAGAAGCUCCUUACUGGAAAGAAACUUCUGGCAUGGUAAGGAGCAAAUACUGACUGAUCCCUCUGUCUUUCUCACCUGUCCCGUGUUCUGAGUGCCACUGGACAAAAUCCCAUUGCCAAAAUCUGCUGGCACCACUUCCACCAAGAUCCCCUCCUAAAAAUGUCCCUGCAGCACAUCAGCAUCUGCUGUAGCUUUGGUUGCAUCAGAAGGGAAGUGGCAGUUCAGAAACCUAAGCAGUUCAGACACCUAACCAGUUCAGGAACCUGCCAUUUAGGCCUCCAGGCAUGCCUGGCAUUUCUCAUUUGCUUUUUGAACAGUGUUGGAGCUCUGUCUCUGCAGGACAAAAAUUUUUCAGUGGAAUGGUUGGAUGUGUGAUAAAUAUCCUUCAAAAUGGAGGUUCAAUCAUCCUAGUUUUAAUUGUAUAACAAAAGAAAACUGGAAAUUGAAAAGGAAGAGAGAAUGGAUAAGAAAAAAAGGAAAAGGAAGAGAAAAAAAUAAAAGGAAAAGGAAAAGGAAAAAGAAAAGGAAAA